GCGUCACCGGCCCCGCCCCGCCCCGCCCCGGCCCCAGGCGCCUGGGCCUGCCCGGCGCGCGCCGGAGCCUCCCGGGGUCGGGGGAGCGGGCGUCUCCCGGCGCUGCCCGGGCCGGGGUGGCGUCUUCCCCCCGCUCGACUGGCUUUCCUUCCGGGAGGAGCAGGUCGCACCAGCUUGGGGUCAGGGCCGGAGGAGUUGAGGUGGGGGAGGCAGCAGGAGGAAGACAAGUCCUGUGGGAAUACACCGUUUAUUGAGUGGCACAUGAACAGAAUUUUGUGAAAAACUGAAGCAAGAAAUUAACCUGGCUCAGAUCCGUUCAGGCGUUAGAAAACAGAUUAGGUCAUUUUACUUAGACUGGCCUUUAAGUCUAACGCAAGGGAGGAACUUUCUCUUUAAGGAAAAAUUUGAUCAACUUUUCAAAUACAACCCCAUGCCUGGAGGUUACGGAGUGAUGGGUGACGAUGGCUCAAUUGAUUACAGCGUUCACGAGGCCUGGAACGAAGCCACCAACGUUUACUUGGUAGUGAUCCUUGUUAGCUUUGGUCUCUUCAUGUAUGCCAAGAGGAAUAAAAGGAAAAUUAUGAGGAUAUUCAGUGUGCCACCUACAACAGAAACUUUGUCAGAGCCCAACUUUUAUGACACAAUGAGCAAAAUUCGUUUAAGACAGCAACUGGAAAUGUAUUCCAUUUCAAGGAAAUAUGACUAUCAGCAGCCACAAAACCAAGCUGACAGUGUGCAGCUCUCGGUGGAAUGAAACCUCGGAAAGGGAGCAGCACGUGCAGGUGUUAAACACUAUGGCAGCAAGCUCCUAAUUCUGCUAGAUCAUGAACAGCAUUUUUUUAAAACUUCUGUCUCCAUAAAAGCAUUUUACUUGUGA